AUGCUAGAAUUGUUGGAAGAGAUGCUGCUGACUUCUCCCUUUCCCAAGAAAGGGAAUGUUGUGACAAUUUCUCCAAGAAAUGAAAUUAUUGUCACUCUGAAAUUCACCAGUCGCUUUAUUCGUCCUGCUGAAGCUUCACUACUAUUAAUUUCAAAACCCAAGAAUGCAGCAAGAGGAAUUACAAUGGCUUUUGCUCUUAAAGGCAAAGUCCUUGAUUUUGAAGCCAUUGACAUUAUAAAAUGCGAAAGCCCAUGUUAUCAACUUCAGGAAGUCACUGUAAAUAUGAAAAACCCCUUCCAUACGGCUGAGGACUUCAGUGUUCACCUGGGAGUGAAAGGAACUUCAAGCCUAGAGCUCCGCUUUCUUCCCUUUAACAUGCACGUGCGCUACUGUGUCAUCAUCCUGAGCAACAAAAAGAUUGGACAAUUAAUAUAUGUUGCAGAAGGAAAAGGUAUGACCCCCUUGCCUUCCAGUUGCCUUCCAGUGAAUACUUCUUCAAGUCCAGUUUAUUACAGCAGUACUCGAGAAGAAGGGCCUAAUAAGAAAUAUCCAGUUCUAUAUUUGAAAGGCAAAUCCCAUCAAAUCCUGUAUGUGGACCUUAAAUUGCCGAUGACUAAUGAAGCCAAGGAAAAGGCUUUGGCUUUUGCAGCACAGCAACAGAUGUCGAGUAUUGAGUAUGAGCGAAGGUUGAUCACAGGCACUCUAGAGAGCAGUAGUAUCCGUGUGGCCAUCGCCCUCCUGGGACUGACGAAGAUCGAGACUCUUAUGCUCUUUCAUACUUCAAAGUUGAGGAAGCCUAAGACCAUUUCAUACACAACAGAAGUGAGCCUUCCAGAAUAUUUUUAUAUCCCUGAGAAAAUCUACAUUCCUCAGAUUCCAGAACCUCAAGUAUUGAAACUUUCAAAAACAAAAGCUUCAGAUGGAUCUGUUCCACUUCCUUUGCAAUUUCUUCCCCUCCGACCUGGACGCUACCCUUGUACAAUUUUAUUGAAAUCAAGGUAUGAUGUGCGUGCCUAUUAUGUUGAAGGUAUUGUGAAUGAAGAACAACCAGAGGCCGAAUCUGAGUUUGAAACACGAGCAUUUGAAGCCCUUACUCAGAAUAUUCCAAUAGGUAAACUUAUUCUACAAAAUGAAGUAGAUGGUAUGGAGCACAUCUUUGACAUAAAAGGGGUUGGAAAAAAACCUUUGGCCUUGGAACACAUCACUGUGGAAUGUCAAGUGGGGAAUGUGACACAAAAACAUAUAACAUUGCCUCAUUUCACAAAUACUGUCCUAACAUUUAAG